AUAUGUACAAAAAGACACAUCUACACCCCCACACCCACACUGGACCUUUUUUUCACUAUAAUGCUUCCAACAAUUUCCAACUCAUGUCACUUCCACAUUACCAUCUCGAUUUUCUCCUCGGCAUUACGCUAAAUAAACCAUGUGAACCCACUCCCACCCCCACCCACCCCCACCCCCACCCACCUCUAUAUAUAUUAUGAACAAUGCAGACAUGAUUUGAAUGCAGCUUUUUUCUUCAAAACUUUGUUUUCUUUCUCCCACAACACAAUGCCCUCCUCCUCCUUGUUUUUAGUGUUGGCCGUUUUGCUACUGCCACACCCCACUGCAUCCGAGCUCAUAAUUAACAACACUACUACUAAUUCUAUCAGAAACAGAGAGCUAAUCACUUCUUGCAAUCUGUUUCAAGGAAAAUGGGUCACGGAUCCUUCUUACCCGCUCUACGACUCCGCGGGCUGCCCGUUUAUCGACCCGGAAUUCGACUGCAUAAAAUACGGGCGACCCGAUAAGCAGUUCCUCAAGUUCUCGUGGAAGCCCAACUCCUGCAACCUCCCCAGGUUUAAUGGGGUGGAUUUUCUCAAGAGAUGGAGCGGGAAGAAGAUUAUGUUUGUGGGCGACUCACUGAGUUUGAAUCAGUGGCUGUCACUCGCGUGUAUGCUUCAUGCUGCUGCUCCCAAUUCUAAAUACAACUUCGAUAGACAGGACACCCUUUCUUCCCUAACAUUCCAGGAUUAUGGAGUUACGCUGCUGCUAUACCGAUCACCCUAUUUGGUAGACAUCACGCGAGAGAAGAUUGGGAGAGUGUUGAAGCUGGACUCGAUUAAGCAAGGCAAUGCGUGGAGAGGAAUGGACAUGCUAGUCUUCAACACAUGGCAUUGGUGGACUCACAAAGGCAAAGCUCAAUCAUGGGACUACGUGCAAGACGGCUCCACCGUGUCCAAAGACAUGAACCGCCUCGUGGCCUUCUACAAAGGGUUGACGACGUGGGGACGCUGGGUCGACCUCAACGUCGAUCCCACCAAGACUAGAGUGUUCUUCCAGGGGAUCUCUCCCACUCACUAUCAAGGUAGGGACUGGAAGGCGGCGUCAAAGAAUUGCAACGGGGAGCAGCAGCCUCUGGAGGGGUCGACAUAUCCGGGGGGGACGCCAGCGGAGGUGGAGGUUGUGAACAGAGUGUUGAGCAGAAUGCAGAAACGCGUGUAUCUGCUGGACAUUACGUUCCUGUCUCAGCUGAGGAAGGAUGCUCAUCCGUCUGCUUAUAGUGGAGAUCAUGCCGGGGUGGAUUGCAGCCAUUGGUGCCUCCCCGGCUUGCCCGAUACGUGGAACCAGCUGCUCUAUGCAGCUCUUGUUAUGUGACCUGCAAUGCCCUUUCUUGUCUGUAAUUAAUUGCCUGUAUUUAUUUCUCUGUUUUAGGGCCAAGAAGAACCAAUUGUGAUUAGUUUGAUUGAAGCAAAUAAGGGAGAAGGUGAUUUUUUUUUUUUUUUUUUUUUCUGGUUAAUGUUCAUUCAUCAGUGUAAACUGGGAUAUGUUCUAUCAAAGCAACCAUAAACCAUUUUAUUGUAGCAAA